AAAGGUGUCAUGAAAUACCACAAAAGUUGUCGCUUAUUGCUCAUUGUUGCAAUAUUGAUUGUUGAAGUUAUUAGUGAAUAAUGACUAAAUUUUAGUCUGUUCCUCAGACAAAGCUAUUGCUUGACCUCAUAUGACAAGAAUUUAUCUUGUGUGUUCCAAUGAAUAAAUAAAGUCAUACAGGUUUGCAAUAACAUGAGGAUUACAGAUUCUGCACUAAAUAAAUCAUUUUCUUUAAAGCACAAGAUGCUAUUUAUAACAUUCUCAAAUCAUGCUGGAAAACAUGAACGCUAGAUUUUACACAAAAUGAAUUAAUUCAUCCAUACAAUCACUGAAUUGUUCCUUAUUUCAGGAGGUUUCUUCUGAGGACCCAUCCUUAAGUCUUAGGUGCGUAAACACCUGUGUGAUUACAUUAUAAUUCAAAUGAAACCGAUUGCUCACUUUUCUUCUAAGACUGCCUUUCAUCUUCCCACAGCCCUUUCCAUGUUUCUAAGUAAAUGUUGUUGUUGCAGAGAGAUUGUGGGGCAGGCGCUGACAUGCUCAUGUUCUCAAUCGUAAGCUACUUUUUUCAAGGAACAAUGAGAUCCACUCCCAUUCCUGAAUGAAACUGUAGUAGGUUUAUAUCAUCAGCACCAAGAUUUUCCUGAGGAAUAAUAACUGACAACUCUGACAUGAAUGGAUGAUGCAGGAUAAGUGAACGGUAGACAUCGCGCAGUCAUCAUUUCUACUAAAACACCAGUUGUUAUCAAUGACUUCCUCAUUCCCUCCUAAUUCCACCCUCAGCCCAACAUCCACCUCAGAGCUCCACUGCCCUCUUCUGCAAACAAUGAGCUCUCACACCUUAAACAAAGACACAGGUGUGAACUUGGCAGUGGUAAGCAUCCACGGUGUGGUAUCCACUCUGGGGAUCCUGGAAAACGGACUGGUGCUGUGGGUGCUUGGUUUCCGUCUUCGUCGCAAGACGGUUGCUGCAGUAUGGGUCCUCAAUCUGGCGUUGUCGGACUUCCUAACCACGCUAACCUUGCCGCUUUUCACUCAUUACCUAUUGAUGAACCACAGCUGGGAGUUGGGCGGCGCUUUGUGUGCAGCCCAGGCCUCCAUUUUUUUCCUCAACAUGUUUGUCUCUGCCUUUCUACUGGCUGUGAUAUCAUUGGACCGUUGUUUGUUGGUGACUAAGCCUGUUUGGACUCAGAACCAUCGUACUGUGUCGGCAGCGUGGAAGAUCUGCGGUCUAGGAUGGGCUUGGGCAGCUGUUAAUGCACUUCCGUAUUUCAUGUUCCGUUCAGUUGUGGAAAAGAAGGAUGGCCGCAAACUCUGCUAUCACAAUUUUGCACUCUAUUCCUCCUCAAACACAUUGCACAGAGACUGUAAGCUGCGUCAGGCAGCGACGGCAGUGUCCAAAGUCUUGCUGGCCUUUGUUGUACCUCUGAUUGUCAUCGCCAUCAGUUACACUUCCAUUUUUCUUGAACUGCGAGCUCGCAGAAAGAGGCUUGAAAGUCGACGGCAGGGUGUGAACAAUGGCAAACUGAGAUCCUUUAAAUUCUUCCGCAGCCUGUCUUCAGCAGGCAGACAAAACAGGGUUCGACUCUCGGAAAGUUUCAUGAAGAUGGUCGCCUCAGUGAUCGCAACCUUUAUUCUCUGCUGGGUGCCCUACCACGUCUUCUGCUUGCUGGAGGUGACGGCUCAGUACAAGACAGAGAUUGUGGAGCUUGUGGAGGUCUACUUACCUGUCGCGACAACAUUCUCCUUCCUGAACUCUGUAUUGAACCCAAUUAUCUACACUUUUAGCUGUCCAAACUUCUCCACUCGAAUCCGCCAAAGUUUGGGGGCUCUUUUCGAGGGGCUGGUGGAGGAAGCUGGACCCAUAAUAUGGGUUACAGAAAGAAUGAGGAGGAAAGAUUCAUUGUUCCCCUCUUCACCCAGUUCUCCCAACCCCACCAGAGUCACUCGCGUCCAGCAUGGCAUGCAGGGCUCCAUCAACCUCUUUGGCCCCACAAAUGAGGGAGAGAGGGAUGACAAAAUGUGACUUUAUCAUGUGGAAUAUCAUAUCCUGAAAUUGGCGACUAUUUAAUGUUAACUACUAAUUAAUGUUUCUGAGUGAACUACAGUCUACCAACCAGAUGUCACAAUCAUGGGAUGGCCUUAUAAGCUUUUAUCUUUUCUGCAUCUCUUUGCUGCACUGGGUGUAAUUUGAGCUAUAGUCAUGUUGGA